GCUAGGUAGUGGCACAGCUGGACUCAGCCAUGGGUGGUCUGGUUUUAGGAUAGAGGUGCAGAGACAUUGCUGAGCUGACCCAGGAUUGAGGGUUUAUAAGUCAUAGGUCAGGUUGGGAAGCAGGACAAGGGCCCAGUGAGUGGACAAUACUGGAGGGAGCAGUCAGAGACUCAGCCAUGGAGUCCCAACUGGGUGGGGAAGACUGUGGUAGCUUCUAGAUGAACAGAAACACAGGGGAUCAGGGAAGACAAAGGGGAGGCAGUGAUCAGAGCAGGGAGGAGGCAGUGGAGGUGUCAGAGACAUGGCCUUUCUGGGUCAAGAUGAAGUCCUGAGUGUGGCUGAAGUGGAGCAAGGGACGCCUCCUCCCCAGCCCCUUCUGCUGCAGCAUCUCUGCUCCAGGUUCCGGCUCAGUCUGCUCAUCCUGGGCUUCAACCUCCUGCUGCUGGUGGUCGUCUGUGUGAUUGGGUCCCAAAGUGAGGGUCUCAGAGGCCAGUAGGGAUGGGGCCACGAUGGGGGAGGAGAUAUGGGCAGUGCUGUGGGCAAUGAGAGCUAUGACAGGGGAAGAGGUGGAGGUCAUGCUGGGCAAGUAUGGGGGCACUGAGGGGAACAGUGUCACAGACAAUGGUGGGGGCUGUUACGUAGGACACAGCCCCCUUCCCUUUGUCCUGUGCCCUCUGUCUCCUGACAAGGAACACAGCUGCAAGUGGAGUUUUGGACCCUAAAAGAAGCUUUCAGCAACUUCUCUUCUAGCACCCUGAUGGAGAUCUGGACUCUCAGCUCCCACGGAGGCAGCGCAGGCGACAAGGUGGCGACUCUAGAAGCCAAGCUGGAGAAACAGGAACAGGACCUGAAAGCAGAUCAUGCUACCUUGCUCUUUCACCUAAAGCAUUUCCCAGUUGAUCUGCGCAUCCUGGCUUGUCAGAUGGAAUUCCUGCGGAGCAACGGCACAGAAUGCUGCCCCAUUAACUGGCUGGAGCAUGACGGCAGCUGUUACUGGUUCUCUCGUUCUGGAUUGACCUGGCCUGAGGCUGAAAAGUACUGCCAGCUGGAAAAUGCGCACCUGGUUGUCAUCAACUCCAGAGAGGAACAGAAAUUCAUUGUACAACACAUGAGUCCCUUUCGUACUUGGAUAGGUCUCACUGAAAGUGAUGGUUCCUGGAAAUGGGUUGAUGGCACAGACUACAGUUCUAGCUACAAGAACUGGGCUGCCACUAAGCCAGAUAACUGGCAUGGGCACGAGGAGGGUGGAAGUGAAGACUGUGCUGAAGUCCAGAUGGAUGGCCACUGGAAUGACAAUUUCUGCCAGCAGGUGCAACGUUGGGCAUGUGAGAUGAGACGAAACAUUACCGGCUAGGAGACCUGACUUCCAGCAGCUCUCUACCCAUACCCCACCCUACCCUACCCCUAGCUUCUCUACCAGAGAUUUUGAAGAAAGCAAGAAUAGUCAGAGGCAUGGUGGGGGUUGGGCGGAGAGGGCACAUUAAGGAAAGCUAGAGGGGGUGGUUUGAGAAUCUCAGACCCCGAGGAGGCUGAGAUCCCGCCUCUUUCUGCCACUCACUGUAAUUAUUACAAUUUUCAGCCUCCUUAAUGGAGUAGGACAAGAAAAAACAAAUACUGGAAA